AUGAGUUCGAAACUCAAGGCAGUACGUGCGGGACACCGAAGUACAGUAACAAAACUGUUUAAGAAAAUCAACGUAGAAGAUUCAACGGAAGUGAAGGAUAUUCAGGAAAUUGAGUCCGUGAUUACACUGAUAAAAAAGAAACAGACAAUACUGGCAGAUCUGGAUAAAAUCAUCUUGGACCAGACAUCGGAGGACGAUAUAGAAGAUGAAAUAGAGGAGGCAGAUCGGUAUGUAUUGGAAAUAGAAUCCAAAUUAGCGAGAAUUACGAAACGCUUAUGUACCAUAACGUCAAGUUACCAUUCCCCAUCGAAUGUAAACGUGUCAGUGUUAAAUCCUAAUGCAACGGAAUUCCAACAUUCAAAUCCGUAUCAAUCAAGCUUUUCAUCAUCUUCCACAAGUUCUAGUCAAUACCACAAGUUACCCAAACUUAGUCUACCCACUUUUGACGGAAAUCUAUUGAACUGGCAAUCGUUUUGGGACUCAUUCUUUAGAGCAAUACACAACAAUAGCAUACUUAGUGAUGUGCAGAAGUUUAAUUACUUGCGAUCUCAACUUCAUGGCGAAGCUGUUCAAUCUAUAUCGGGUUUACAAGUUACUGAAGCAAAUUAUGCCCUGGCAGUUGCCAUUUUAAAGAAAAGAUUUGGUCAACAACAUAAGAUCAUCAAUGCCUAUAUGCAAGGCCUUAUCAAUAUCCAGGCGCCGUCAAACAAUUUGCACAGCAUUAAGUUGUUCUAUGACAUCAUGGAGAGUCAUAUUCGGGGACUAGAUUCAAUGGGACAUUAUCAAAAUUCCUAUGGUAGCCUUUUGAUACCGAUCCUCAUAAACAAACUUCCUAGAUUUGUAAGACAAAAUAUGACACGGGAACAUGGAAAUGACGACUGGGACCUACCGUCUAUUAGAAUAGGACUACAGAGAGAAAUAUGCAUUCUGGAAGCAGGUAACUCCCUGGACACGCAUGUAGACUUACUACCCCCAACAGCAGUUUUUUUCACGGGCACAAAACCUCGCAGGCAAUUUAAGCAAACCCCGAAACAAGACUUGUUUAACAAACCAUGUGUCUUUUGA